AUGGCCUCGCCUCCAUCUUACGACGGGUUCGAGGCCGCGUCACGGCCAGCGGUGCCUCCCGACUACGACACGGCCCUCCUCUCGCCGCCCGACUACGACGACAUCGCCUACGACCACUGCUACGCAACAGGAGUCGAUGGACUCGCCACCUCGAACCGACGGCUGCUGAAUCUGGGCAUCGAUGACGCAGAGGGCAUGCGGCGAGUGGAUCAGGAGGCCAUGCACGCGCUGCGCUGGCGGGCCGGCGCCUUUGCCGCCUUUCUCCUCGUGUGCAACAUGGCGGUGAUCGUGGCGUCGCUGGCGGCCGGGCGCUCGUUUGGCGUCUUCUUUGCCGGCAACUUGGCAUCGUUGGUUGUGUUUGCCACCGGAACCGCGCUGCUCUUCCCGCUGUCGCCGCUGACCCGGAUCCGGGUCGGGCAAGCCUACUUUCUACUCCUGCUCACCUUUACCGUCCUUGGCCUCGCCGCGUGUCUCGUCUUUGCUGUCAUUGUCCCGCGCAGAGUCACCGCCCUCUGCAACGUCUCCAACUCCAAGUGCAAGGCCGAGUCGAUCGCCAAGUACCGCGCCUUUGCUGUGAUGGCGGUCCUCACCGGCGCCGUGCUCUUCACUCUGGCCUUUACCCACUAUGCGCGGCUCUCCUUUGUCCAUCUCGUCGCCACCGAGCGGUACUAUCUCGACGAUGCGCAGGCGAGUAGCCUUGCCCUCCAUGGGCCUGUCCGCCGGCUCGCACGAUUCCUCCCGCGCUACGGCCGGUUGUGGCGGCGCAUCAAGGCCGGCCUUGCCGCUGCGGCUUCGCCGCCACUCCGCUGCCUCGCCAUCUGCCUCGGUGGCUGCGCCGGAGCAUUCGAGGCUGUAACUGGCGGCAUCAUAGACAUGUUCAAUCUCUCCGAGGACGCUGGCGUGUGGUGCUGCGUCAUGUUUCUCUGUGCCUGGUUCUGGAUCGCGCUCAUCGUCUGCAUCCUUGGUUCGCAGUUUGGCUGUGCCAUGCUCGAGCUGCUGCUCAACCUCAUACAGUCUCUAUAAUAUGAGCGCAUAAGACGUCGCGUAAGAGGUGCAAGUAAAUGCGAUCCUCCACCC